AGGAACUACGUGGCCAUCUUGAGACAUGCUUGAUGGAAGGAACACAGUUGUUUGUAACACAUGUUGAUCUCACAGCUCUCGUUGAAGAUGACAGAUUUUAUUAUGUCUUGCGAAGUGUACCCACUUUCUUGAAGGCCAGAAAUCCAUUCAAACUACUGGUAAGUUCAUAUGUGACCUUGCUAGCAAUGGGAAAUUGAGUUUUACUAUAAUAAGAUAGAUUAUGGAGAGAUUUCUAAUCGCUGUUUGUGAAUUUUGUUUGAAAUUUGUUUCAUUCUCUUUUAGGUCGGUGAACAUGAGAUUGAGUGUCAGCCUUCGUUCAGGUUAGAGAUAAAUAAACUAUAAAUAAAUAAAUAAUAAAGUAAUAAAUUAAUUAAUUAUUAAUAUUAUUUAUCGCCAUGCAAACCCAUACAAAGAACAAUAAACUAGUUGGAAUUUCAAAGCAGUACAAAUGAAUUUUUUGGAAAUUUCACUUUAGCAGUAGUAGUAAUUCUCAAGUGAUGUAAUCCAGCCUUUGGCUGCAAGAUGCUUUUUAACAAAUGGUUUCUAUUCUAUUUCUAUUCUAUCUAUUCUAUUCUAUUAGUUUUCGAUAUUACCAACUUGUUUGCAAGUCAGUCAAUAUAACCAUUCAAGUGAGAGGAGUGUCUGUCCCAAAUGUCCAAAGUGAAAUAUUUUUUCUAAUGGUAUUUCAUUGCUUGACCUUUUCUGCCAGGUUAUUCAUGUCUACAACAGUGCCUGCGUACCGUGUGCCUGCUCAGCUGAGUGCAUUUAUCAAUGUGAUUGACAUGUGCUUGUCACGUGAUGGUCUUGAAGAAAUGUUUCUAGACAGAUUUAUGGAGCUGGAGAAACCUAGGAUCCAGGACUCUAGACUACAGUCUGUGUCGGUAUGUUGGAUUUCUUGAGAAUGAGGAGUACAUUAAGACAACAGACGUUUUAACAAUCUAAUCUAACUAAGCCUGGUUGACACUAUCAAAGUUUCUGUGAGCACAGUAGGAAUUUUGCAAAGGUAAAUUCUAAGUUUUGAAGAAUUUGUAAGAAAUGUUUGAGGGAAUUGAUAUUGUGUUAAACACUGAAUCCUGAAUCAGUUCCCUCAACGUUUCUUACAAAAAUUCUUCGAAACUUAGAAUUUAACCACCCAAGAUUUCUACUGUGAUCACAGAAACUUUGAUAGUGUAAACCAGCUUUUACGGGUAUUGAUAGAAUAUUGUUUGUCAGUACAUAUACAUUGGACAAAUAAGAAAUGAUCCUUACUGGACAUCUCGGGAGAACAGUUUAGAACUGAAAAAUGUAUCCAGUAUAAAUAAAGAUAAUUUAGCCUAAUGUUUUUUAUGUUACUCUGAGUGUAUAUCCACACCGGGCAGGCUGGAAAGUUAGCCUGACCACGGUGGGAAUCGAACCCGCGACCUUUGGGAUACUAGUAAUAUCCCAACAACCCAUCUGUUGAGUUUAUUGGCGAAGUAAUUUUAAAAAUAAACGUUGUCUAAGCCGAGAAAAUCAAAGUUAAAGUUUAUGGAAAUGACAAUGAUUUUUUGUCACUAAUUAUAUUCACCUGAGUACAUAACAUCAAAACAACACACAAAAAAUAUAGUUUAGCCUAGUUUUCCUCCAGUAGUAGCAUUGGACAAAUAAGCUGAAUGGCCCUUACUUGACAUCUAGGGAGAGCAGUUUAGAACCAAAAUAGCUAUCCAGUAUAAAUAAAGAUAGUUUAGUUUAGGUUUCCUCCAACUUGUAGUAAGACUGGAUUAAGAGAUGGUCCUUACUGGACGCCUAGGGGCAACACUUUCGAACUGAAAGAGCUUUCCAGUAUAAAUAAACAUUGUCAAGCAAAGAUUUCUUCCUGUAGCAAUGUAACUGAUAGAGAACUGAGUGUAUAUAACAUUAGCUUGGACUAACACUUCAACUACGAUAAACACCACAGGUUUUCUUUUGCAAUUUCACCCUUAUCUGCCCCAAUACCUAACUUCUACUGUAUACUUGUUCUAAGGUAUAUAAUAUUUUCUUAAGGAAAUUGUGCGACUGCUAAAGAUGAAAGAUGAAUCGGAGAGGAAAUUCCUGGAGGUUUUAUUAAAGAACAGGCAGUUCUUACAUGAUCUUAGUACAAUGAAGAAAAUCUCAUCUAUAAGAAAAAAUUUUGAAGAAACCGUGGAAAGGUAAGUGGUUUGAAAUUACGAACUCGGAAGAAAUGUUCAGGUAAUGUUCUAUUUAUUUCUGAUUUCCAGCAUCACACGUGCUGAGCAAUCCGAAGCAUCUCUGCUCCACUCACGUGAGGCAUUUCGACCAAUCGCACGUCGUGCUGCCGUGUUGUUUGACGUCACCCGUCACAUGGGAGAGGUGAACGAGAAAUACACCAUAUCAUUGGCACAGUUCUUGAAAAUAUUUGAUACUGCCAUUCAACAUUCUGAGAGGUAAGUCGUCUCGUCUUCUUGGAUUCUUGGUUUCACACUUCGAUUCCUGUGCUUCGCUUGGCAAUAUCCCCUUGUAGGGACACACGUUCAAGUGCUACUGGAAUGCAUAUAGUUCAGGCCUCGAAUUUCCCUGAAAUCAAUCUACGGCAAUGGAGUUAAAAAAUGCCGUAGAACGUAACAGCUGUCUACGGCAAUUUUGGCAGUUUCCACGGCAUUUUUUCAAAUUACUGUAAUAAAAAUUAAAUUUUAUUGUUAUUUGGAUUGUUGACAAGCUAGAAACAUGUCUACGUAUUUCUUUAGUGUGUUUUUUUCGAAGAAAACUCAGACUAAAAUAGUGAUAUAUGCAUGAUUUGAUCAACAUCUCAAUUCAAGUAUCAAAAUAGUAAUGCACAGUGAAUAGUACAAAAAUUAUACUAUACGGCAAAAAAUUGCCGUCGUUGCCGCAAUGUUCCACGGCAUUUUGUUCUCCCUCUACGGCGAUUGCCGCGAUGAAAUUCGAGCCCUGAUAUAGUUGUUACUGCUAGUUAGGUUGUGAACAUAGCAUAUAACCUUUCGUGGUGGGUUUGGUGGAUAAUUCGGGUGAGAACUAACCAGGAACGGUUGCGAAAAAUGCAACACUAGGUCCUCUGGCAGGAAUUGAACCUACGGCCCUGCGAUUGAGGUACAGCGCUCUAACCAAGCAAGUUCAUGUAUAUAAAGAUUUUCGAGUGUGCAGGUUGUGAUUAGGUGAACAUGAAAGAUGUAUUUUGCAUUUCGCUUGGGUUUGGUGGAUAAGUUUUGUAUAUAUAUGCUCACUUGGAUUAUCCACCAACCCAGUACAAAAUACAUCUUUCAAGUUAUAUAUAGUUUAUCAUUUUCUGAUAUGCAUGGUAAAUGUGUUUUCUUUUACCAGAACUGCUGUGAAAGCUGUUGCAGAAAGAGUGGGACAAAGUGCUUUCUUCUUCGCUGUUCAAGGUUUUUUGGAGAAAGAUCGAAAACUGUUUGCAUUGUUAUCUGCUAUUGAGGUAUAUGAACUAAAUGUAUAGCAAUACAGUAUACGAAUUACUUUAUAUUAUUCUGUUCUAAUCCCGCUCGAGAAACGUUACUCUGCAACCAGUCAGAAUAAUAUGAGACUAGUUUUUCAUAUCUCUGAGAACGGUUCUGAAAUAGAGUUACUUUAGUUGAGUUUUUCCUUGAAGGAACACAUUUAAUUAGGUUUUCACUUACACACGUAAAAACACACAAGUUGUAACAAACUUGCAGCAGACUUGUAGCAAUGCUGUUCUAACAACUUGUUAUCAGGAUGUGUUUGCACUGCUUGUUCCCAGUUUGUUGACAAGUUGUCAACGGCUUGUUGACAACUUGCUACGAAGUUGUUGAACUCAACAGACUUAUUACAAGUUGUUCCAACAACUUGUUAUCGUCAUGCAAUUCAACAAGUUGUGAGUGACAACCUUGUAGCAACUUGAUAAAAUAACAGCGUCGUUACAACUUGUUGACAGCUUGCUACUGCGAACACAUCUUGUUGGCAAGUUGUUAGGAUUUUUACAUGUGUAGAGUUUAGUUGACGUUUUUCUGGAAUAACACAUUUAGUUAGGUUUCCAUCUAAGGCUGAACCAAUAAAGAGUAGCCCUACAACAAUAUUCGUUUGUAUUCCUAGGUUGAAGAUUCAUUUGGUCGUGUUUCCCCAGGAGAUCGCGAGUUCCUCAUUUAUCCUGCUUAUGGAUCUGCAGUUAAGACUGCCCUCAAUCACGGUGCGAUGGUGACCACAUCACAACUAAGAAUAAUCAAUGCAAAGAAACCUUUUGAUUGGAUGACGGAUGAACAGUAUAGCGGACUGCAAGUGAGUGAUUAUCAAUAGACUUUUAAAGUUUUUUGCUUCCUUACACGAGCACAAUGAUGCAAAAUGCCGUCAAAAUUAGUUAUAGGCCUACCAAUUUUCGGGUGAUCUUUGUAAUGACAAAAGUGUUGCUUGCUUAAGCCCACUAAUACGAAAAUUUUUGGAACAUUUUUGAAGGACAAGUUGAGCAAAAUUCUUCCGUAGUAGUUAGUACAUUUCUAUGAAGGAAUGCUUAGAACUGAUACAGCUAUCCAAUAUGAAUAAAGAUUUGAUCCAAAUUCUUCUACAGUUGCUAGCACAUUUCUAGGAAAGAAUGCUAGAACUAAUACAGCUAUCCAAUAUGAAUAAAGAUUUGAUCCAAAUUCUUCUACAGUUGCUAGCACAUUUCUAGGAAAGAAUGCUAGAACUAAUACAGCUAUCCAAUAUGAAUAAAGAUUUGAUCCAAAUUCUUCUACAGCUGCUAGCACAUUUCUAGGAAAGAAUGCUAGAACUAAUACAGCUAUCCAAUAUGAAUAAAGAUUUGAUCCAAAUUCUUCUACAGUUGCUAGCACAUUUCUAGGAAAGAAUGCUAGAACUAAUACAGCUAUCCAAUAUGAAUAAAGAUUUGAUCCAAAUUCUUCUACAGUUGCUAGCACAUUUCUAGGAAAGAAUGCUAGAACUAAUACAGCUAUCCAAUAUGAAUAAAGAUUUGAUCCAAAUUCUUCUACAGUUGCUAGCACAUUUCUAGGAAAGAAUGCUAGAACUAAUACAGCUAUCCAAUAUGAAUAAAGAUUUGGUCGAAAUUCUUCUGUAGUUGCUAGCACAUUUCUAGGCAGAAAUGCUUAGAACUGAUAGAGCUGUCCAGAAUGAAUAAAGAUUUGAUUAAAAUUCUUCUGUAGUUGCUAGCACAGUCAUUCGACUGGUUUCAAGAUGCGUUUGAGAAAAUGACGAAAGAUGGACGUGAAACACAAUGGAGGCAACUGGUAGAACAUGAAAUACCUGAACUGGUUGCUUUGCCUGACAAUCUAGAUGAGAAGUAAGUAGAAGAAUCCACUCGUUUACAUGACCAGCACUUGUGCUAUAUCGGGAUCACCACGCUUGCCUCUCAAGCUGGGAGACUUGAGUUUAAUCCUUGCUCAGACCUUUACUUAAAAUAAUUGAGGAGAAAGUGCUACCUUUACAUUGACAUCAGUAAAUUGUUAGACUUUCGUGUUUUCUCGGAUAAGAACGUUAAAAUCGUAGGUACCUCGGAUCCACUAUUAAUUUGUCAAUAGCCUGUUGGGAAAUCCACUCACCAAUAGACCUUUCCCCUUAUGAGUGAAAUUUUGAUCUAGAUAUGCCUGUACAAAAAUUUCAUCACAGCUUGAAAGAGCAUCACAAAAUUAGUAAUAUUCCGAAGUUUCGUUGCAAAAUGUUGUAAAAUGCAGAUAAUAUAGCCUUGCGAAGUUUGUAAUUUUCAGUCAUUUUGUAUUACAAACGGGAAAUUGAUAAUCAGAUGAUGAAACUGAUUAUUAUCCGCAUUUUACAACAUUUCGCAACGAAACUUCGGAAUAUUAUUAAUUUUGGGAUGCGCUUUCAAGCUGUGAUGAAAUUUUUGUCCAGACUUGUCUAGAUCAAAAUUUCACUUAAAAGGGGAAAGGUCUGUUAGUGCGAAACUCAUUAAUUUUGUGUCAUUCCAGGUUUAAUCCCAUGCAAAGGUUCAUGAUCAUCAGAGCUAUUCGACCAGAUCGUCUCAUUCAGAUAUCUCGUUCUUUCAUAAUACAAGGCCUCGGACGAAGGUAAGUUUAGUACUUAUGUAAAUGAUUAACAAUAGACACUAGUUUGAGAUCGAGGCGGUGAUCCAUUGAAAUUAAGUGUUUUUCAUUACCAGCAUUAUUAUUUGUUUCAGAUAUACAUCAGAUCUGCCUCUAGAUCUUGGCUUUGUUCAUCGUCAGAGUGAUUCUAAAACUCCGGUCUUAUUGUUGUAUGAUGAGGAAUCUGCUAUCUUGGAGACUUUUGUGAAAGAUCUGGCUGGAAAGAAACAGGUACUGUAGUUACUAUACAACAUACUUUGUUUUACCUGUAUAUACUACCAUACCAUACCAUACCAUACCAUACGGCAUACCAUACACCAUACUAUACUAUACUAUACUAUACUAUACUAUACUAUACUAUACUAUACUAUACUAUACUAUACUAUACUAUACUAUACUAUACUAUACACUAAACCAUAUAAUGUGACUGAAGAUAUCAUACCAUAACCAGAAUUCAAUGUACUAUUAGUAAAACAUGAGCAGCAGUGUUUUAUCAGAUAUAAAGAUACGAGGCGAAGCCGAGUAUCUUUUAGGUCUGAUAAAACACGCACUGCGAAUGUUUUAAAUUGCUUCAAAAACGAUCGAUCUAGUAAGUUCAUUGGCGAAGUAAUUUUCAAAAAAUACAUUGUGUAAGUCGAGAAAAUCAAAGUUAAAGUUUAUGUAAAUCAAGAGAAAUCUCUGUCACAUAUAAAGAUACGUCAAGCUUAUGAUUUUUCUUUGUGUUUUCCUCAUGAAUAUAGAAACCUGUUGUAUUGAACACUGACCGUAACAUGUCAUACUAUGUCACACCAUAUCAUAUACCAUACCAUAUACUACUCUAUACCAUACCACACCAUACCAUACUAUGCAAUAAAUGUCAAAUAAAAUUUUUGAAGCUAAGACCUGUUUGUUUCCUCUAGGUUGAUCUAUCUGUGGUGCACCUAUCAACAGGUUGUUCAAACGAGGAAAGAUAUGCUAGACGCUCUUUGCAUAAAGCAAUGACAGAGGUUGGAAGAUCCUUAUAUCAGACGAUUACUAAUAAUAAGGAAAUGUGUUGAGUUAUCCAGUUUAUAUGAAGUUAGUUUAGUUUAGGUUUGCUCGUGUAGUGGGAAGAACAGGGUAGAACUGAUAGAGCUAUCAAGUAUAAAUAAGGUUCGUUUAGUUUGGGUUUCCUCCUGUGGUAACACUGGAUCAAUAAGCAGAGAUGGCUUUUACUCAACCUUCAGAAACAGUCUCGAACUGAUAUCUUGUUGCUCAAUGCUCAAUUCAAGAUAAUUUACUAUUUCUUCUAUAGGGUACAUGGUUACUACUACUUGAUGGUCACAACUCUCCACGGCUACUGGACAUGCUUGAUUCAUUGAUCUCUGACAGCAAACAGAUAGAGGUCAACUUCAGAUUGUGGAUCUCAGCUAAGAUCUCAUCACCAUUACCAUGUAGUUUAUUACAGCUUACUGUCAAAGUGGUUGCUGAUUCACCCAAGGUACUGAAACUAUGAUUAUUAGAAAAUUACAGUCUUAAAUCGAGUACAGGUAGGCCUACUGUAUCUCUAGUUAGAACAGUUAAAAACUGUUAGAUCUAUCCAGUAUAUAGUUAAUGUCUUCGUGUUUUAGUAAAUAAAUAAACAACAAAACAGUUGGCAGAGCAUUGGGCUAGUAUUCCAAAGGUCGUAGGUUCGAUUCCCACCGUGGUCAGGCAUAUUUUUCAAGCUUGCCCGGUGUGAAUAUACACUCAGAGUAACAUCACAAGCAUCAUAUUCACCUGAGUACAUUACACCAACACAGAAAAAUCAUGAAAUAAACAAUGUUAUGUUGUUUUCUUCAGAACAUCCGGGACAACUUAGUGCGAUCAAUGUCGUUGGUUGAUAGUGAUAUACUUGGUUCGAGCAGUCGAACAGAAUGGCCAGCACUCCUCCACAAUGUCUGUGUACUUCAUAAUGUUGUACGUUUAAGGUCUCAAUAUCAAUUGGUUGGCUGGAAUGCGCCUGCAGUCAUUAAUCCUGGAGCACUUGAGUUAUCUGUAAGUGUUUUGAUUAGCAAUCUUAUUAGAAUGAAAUGAUAGGUAGUAUACUAGUAUUCUACAAUAAACUGUCGUCGUUUGGUGUUUAUGUUUCAAUACUAUGUAAUUCAGCUUUUGUACUAAAUCGUCCAUGACUUUAGGAUGCAAUCAGAGUGGCUGCUAGAGAAUUCGGUGAACACAACUCACAUGAACAUUCUACUACACCUGUUACCACCGCGGGAAAAGCGAUUCAAUGGAAUGCAUUACGAUAUAUGCUAUCAGAGGUAAGAAACUUGUAGAGUUUCUCCAACACCUUACUUCUAUCUGAAGUGGGAGAUCAGAUUCAAAUACGAUUUAUUAUGAUCAUCCUCAUAUAUUAGGUUGUAUAUGGGAAAGGAAUUCAAGAUGAGUUUGAUCAUCAGUCUCUCAGCGCAAUGGUAGACUACUGGAUCAGUCCUGCUGCUGUUAAGAAAGAAUUUGAGGCGUCCAGAGGUAUGGCUGCUUUUUUGUUGGUUUGUUUCUUUAGUUGAUUGAGUGCUUAGUUUCGUGGGCCCCAUUUAUCCUGGAGACGGAUGAUUCGACUAGACGAACUUAGCCUAAAGGUAGCUCUUUUUCCUUGUCUGUAACCAGCACGUACUGUGGUGUCGUAGUCACCACGCUUACCUUUCAAGCCUGGAGAUCCGUGUUCAAUCCUUGCUCGGACCUCUAGUCAAGGUCUUGAAAUAAUCUUGCCUAAUAAUCCGUCCCUAAUCGAGCCAUUGAUUCAGUUGUUAAUUUCUUCAUUUGUAUUUCCUAUAGUGAAGUACAGAUUGCCUUCGGUAUUUUUUUCUGGUAAUGUCCGUCUGCCUUCCUUGGUUCAAUCUCUGGAGUCUCUGCCUGCAAAUGUUCUCGAUGUGCCUGAAGCUUGUGGCUUGCAUUCCUCUCCAGAGGUAACUACUCAACAGCUCUGAUACUAAUACUAUGCAUAAAUUCAUGAGUCUUGGAAGCUUCCAGGAGCUGCAAAUGACAGUCAACAAUUAGAGCUUGCAAUUAACUAGACAAGGAUGGAAAACGAAGCAUUAAUACCAUAAGCUAUACUGUACAUAGGAUAGGCUAUACGAUACAUACCAAGACAUUUUUAACCUCAAAUUUAUUCCAUCAAUUUUUCUCUUCCAAAUAUAUUAAUUUUGUUUGUUUGUUUGUUUGUUCGUUUCUUUUUCUUUCAUUCUUUAUUAUCUUCCUUUCUUUCUCCUUCCAUUCCAAUGGGAACUUGAUAAUUUCUGGGACCAAAUUUACCUGUGGUCCGGUAUUCUUGCCAGCGACACUAAUUCGUAAGUCUAUAUUCUUUAUUUUUCACAGACUGUAGUCGCACACGACCAAUACAUCUUCACCCGUCUAAACUGGAUCUAUGAUCGGAUGCCAGUCACCGACACUCUAACACAUGCCUGUGUCGAAUCCGACUUUUACACGCCCACGAAAGGUGUCGUGGUGGUCAGUGGUCAGACGCAGUUGCCAGGCGCUAGUUUCCUUGCAGUUGAAAAGUCUGGUUUGUUCGCCAGUGCCAGUCUCUGGGCGCUGCGUCACAGGAAAGAUGUUGAUUUGUUUGAGAUUUGCACGACAGCUUUGAACAAAGUACCAAAACCCUGGAGUAAGGUAAACUAAACUAACUUUAUUUAUACUGGAUAGCUCUAUUGGUUCUAAACUGUUCUCCCUAGAGUUCAGUAAAGAUAAUUUCUUAUAGAUCCAUUGUUACUACAUUGUUACUAAGGAGGAAACCUAAAUUAAACUAACUUCAUUUAUACUGGAUAGCUCCAUCAGUUCUAAACUUUUCUUCCUAGAGGUCCAGUAAGAAUCCUCUCUUAUUGAUCCAGUGUUACUACGGGAGGAAAUCUAAAUAAAACUAACUUUAUUAUAGUGAAUAGUUCCAUCAUUUCUAAACUGAGAUCCAGUGAAGAUCAUUCCUUAUAGAUCCAAAAUAGGACACCUAAAUUAAACUGACUUUAUUUAUACUGAAUAGCUCCAACAGUUCUAAACUGUUCUCCCAAACCUUGCUAUGUAAUGUAUCACUCUGAUUCGUUGUAAUUUUCUAGGAGUCUAUAAACGAGAAGCUUAAGAAGGUUGGCGUUACAUCGUUUAGUUUAUUUGUGCUGUCGGAAGUUGAACAAAUGCAGAGGUUGAUUCAAACGAUCAGAGAUGAUUUGCAGGUUUGUAGUGGUAACUUUUUUCAAAAUGUGAAAACGGUGCUUUAUGAGGACUUGUGAUUUUGCUACCUCUGCAUGGUUAUCAAUCGAAAUGACUGUAACUUUAAUUACCAUCCAGGUAAUCAAGACGUCAGUUAGUGAUGGUAUCCAUGGUGAUUUGGUACCACCCGAUGUCCUAGAGGUGGCUACCGCUCUGUAUCACCUUCGUAUACCAUCACGUUGGUUACAGCUGGCUGGUGACUCAUCUCCCCCUGGAUCUUGGAGUCUUGUUGCAUGGUUAACAGAUUUACAGAGCAGACACGCUCACAUUGAACGUGUUGUCACACAGGUGUGUUGUUAAACUAACUUUAUUUACACUAGAUAGCUCUAUCAGUUCUGAACUGUUCUCCCCAGAGGUCCAGUAAGGAUCAUCUCUUAUUGAUCCAGUGUUACUACAGGAAGAAACUUCAACUAAACUAAGUUUAUUUACACUGGAUAGCUCUAUCAGUUCUGAACUGUUCUCCUAAGAGGUGACCACUUAUUGAUGCCGUGUUACUACAGGAAGAAACUUCAACUAAACUAACUUUAUUAUUAAACUGGAUAGCUCUAUCAGUUCUGAACUGUUCUCCUAAGAGGGGCAGAUAGGACAUCACUUAUUGAUGCCGUGUUACUACAGGAAGAAACUUAAUCUAACUUUAUUUACACUGGAUAGCUCUGAAUUGAUUUCCCAAGAGGUCCAGUAAGGGUCAGCCUUUAUUGUUUCAAUAUUACUACAGGAGGAAACCUAAACUAAACUAACUUCAUUUGUACAGGAUAGCUUCAGUAAGGGCCAUCUUCUAUUGACCGGAAGAGAAAACCUAAUUACUGCCGAAUAUCCGCGGUGUUUGGUUUGAUCCAAAUUGGAAGCAGACCCACGACUUUCGAUAGAGCGUUAACUGACUCUUUUCACAUAAGUGUCACGAGUCGCAGCGAGAAUAGAACCCACAAUCUCCCUUAAACUAUAUUUCGUCUUAUUCUAGGGUCGGGAUCGUGUCCCCGCGUACUGGCUUGGAGCUUUCUUCAAUCCUAAACGUCUGCUUGCUAUCGUCAAGCAAGAAGCGAUACGUAAUUUUGAAAGUAGUGGACGAUCUUCCGUUAUGGAACUGUUUGUUUUACAAAGUGAUAUCACUGGCAGGGAUAAAGAUCAUGUAAGUCGAGGGUUACGGUUUGAGUACAUUAAUAUUUAUGUGGGGCUCAACUAAGGGGCUGUUAAUAUGAGCCGCGGUUGCCGGGCGAAUCGUGUCGCGAAAAUUCUUUUCCUGACCAUAAAACACUCAGUGACUUCGACAACAAAGGCCAGGACGUAAUAUUUCAAGACCACUACCUACACUGAGAAAUAACCGUUUGAAGUUUUCCCUAGUGAGAAUCUACCACAAAGGACGUACAUUUCAAGACCACUACCUACACUGGGAAUUAACUGCUUGAAGUUUAGGCUUGUGAGAAUCUACCACAAAGGACGUGUAUUUCAAGAUCACACUGAGAACUAACCGUUUGACGUUUUGGCUAGUGGCGGAAUUUACCACAAAGGACUUGUAUUUUAAGACCUACCAUUUGAAGUUUAGGCUAAUGAGAAUCUGCCACAAAAUGACUUGUAUUUCAAGACCACUACCUACACUGAGAACUAACCGUUUGAAGUUUAGGCUAUAGUGAGAAUCUACCACAAAGAACUUGUAUUUUAAGACCACUACUUACACUGAACCUACCAUUUGAAGUUUAGGCUACUGAGAAUCUACCACAAAAGGACUUGUAUUUCAAGACCACUACCUACACUACCUAUUUGAAGUUUAGGCUAGUGAGAAUCCGCCACAAAGGAUAGUUUGAGUACUAUUUAAACUGACAGCCAACUGGUUUAGAAAUUUAUCAUAUUUGUUAUAUUGAUUUUUCGGGGGUUUUUUUCAGCUGCGUGAACCACCAUUAGAAGGCAUCUUCAUCUAUGGUUUGUAUAUGUGGGGGUGCGCCUGGGAGAAGACUACGGGUGACCUUAUGGAUUCCCCACCUAGACACGGCCCUACCCCUUUACCUGUCGUCCACCUCACUGUUGUACCACAAUCUGAGAAACAUUCCCUACAUGAUCCUCAAAAAGCAGCUGUAUCCUACUCGUGCCCCUGUUAUCCCUCAAGGAUCUGCCCUCGAGAACCAGUGCUACUGUUAGAUAUUGAUAAUAAAGACGUUUCAGCCAGUCGCUGGCCUUUGCGUGGUUUGUGUGCCACCUUAAGACCGUUUUAAUGGUACAUUAGUUAUUUAUUUGUAAAGAUGUCAUUUUUAUUUGAUAAAAAAUUUUGGAUAGAAAACCUUUUUUAUGCAAAUAUGUUAUUUGAAACACCGAAACGUUUGUGAAAUCCAUGAAUAAUCAAUAAUGAAUGGUUUUGAGAUGAUCAUUAAUUCAUCAAUUUAAAACACAAUCUGUCAAUCUCAUGGUUUCUAUCCAAAAUUUUACUGCCUAUAUUUUUAAACAAUGUUCACAUGUAAAUAAGAAUGAUAAAUUAAUUGCAAGGCUUGGUUAUGCCUUGCGCUAAUAUAUAAGCUCUGUUUUGACGGUUUGUUAAUAAAUAUUAGCC